AUGUUUGAGAUAGUUUUCUCUGCGUCCUGCAGGUUCCACCGCGGAGACUAUCACAUCGACGUCUGUAUAAACGACUACCUGGACGUGUACUGUCCGCACUACGAGGACUCGGUCCCCGAGGAGAGAGCCGAGCGCUACGUGCUCUACAUGGUGAACUACGACGGCUACAGCACGUGCGAUCACACGGCCAAGGGCUUCAAGCGCUGGGAGUGCAACCGGCCGCAUUCCCCCAACGGCCCGCUCAAGUUCUCCGAGAAGUUCCAGCUCUUCACGCCGUUCUCGCUGGGCUUCGAGUUCCGGCCGGGCCGGGAGUAUUACUACAUCU